CCUGUCACGUGCCCCUGAUCAGCUGAUGCUCACAUGACUGAGGAAUCAUCCAAUCACUUCCUUCCGCCGUGGUAGUGUGACGUAUUUCCGGAGCUGUGCCUGUGCCCCAAGCAAGAUGGCGGCGCCCAGUUGUGUGCGAGUGAAGCUGCUGUUCGACUACCCGCCCCCGGCCCUCCCGGAGAGCUCCAUGCUGUGGCUGCUGCUGGAUGUGAAGCGGUGCCGGGCGGUGACCGACCUGGCCAGUAUUAUCCGCCAGAGAUACAUGGGCGGCCGGGGGGGCGGCCUGAGCCUGUAUGUGGAGGAUUGUCUGCUGCCGCCGGGGGAGAGCAUCCUGCUCAUUAGGGACAAUGACUCCAUCAGAGUAAAGUGGGAUGGAGCCGACACAGAUGGGAGCCGGGAGGCAGAACCCUGUACAGAUGGAGCUCAGAACCAAGUGAGGAAACGACACUGGCAGAAAUCUGAGGAUGAAUGUGCUUCUGGGCGCAAAGCAAAGAAAGCGAGGCGCAGCUGUACCCCAAUAACCCCAGCGGGCCCCGAGCCUGGGAUACGAGAGAAGAAAGCGAGGCGCAGCUGUACCCCAAUAACCCCAGCGGGCCCCGAGCCUGGGCCCAGAGACAAGGGAAGUACCAGUGGCUCAGAGGAACUCCUGGAGGGCGAGAAGAAAAUGCGCAGAGGGAAAAAAGCAAAGAAAAAACCGAAAGCUUUAGUAGAAACCCCCCCUGCCAAACGUAGCAGGAAGCGCCCCCAACAAACUAUAAAUACACAGAGACACACCCCCAGCAAUGACUCCUCUGGCACCACCUCCUGCAGUGAUCAGCCCCCCCCCCCUGCCCAACACAAACCCCCCUCAUCUGCAAAAGGGCAGCGCCAAGCCAGUGCCAGGGGAUCCGUGUCUGUGCCCCCCAGGGCUGUGAAUGGAAUCUCUCCUGGGAAGGGCAAGAAGCCAGAACCCCCCAUCUCUAGUUCUGAUACAGACACUGCCUUGGGGGUCCCGGGCAUCGACACGUCUGUUUGUCCUGCCCCACUGCAGGCUCCGCCCUCUCCUAUUCAGCAGCACUCGCCCCCCCCUGAACGUGUACUUACAAAGCCCAGUGUAUCGCUGCCUGUUUGUGGUCGGGGCAUGGGCAGAGGGAGGGGAGACUUUUCAUGGAACGGGCAAAGGGGGCACUGGUUCAGGGGUAGAGGUGACAAUAAUAGCAAUCGGGGGAGAGGCCGGGGAGAUUCCAGUCAAUUCUUCUAUAAAUACAGCGCAGAUACCGAGAAGCAGCAACAGCUCCAGGAACCUGCAACUAAUGUCUCCAUGGUCAUACAGAACCCCCGAGAAACAAAGGAUUACAGUUUGCUGCCCCUGCUCGCUGCUGCCCCUCAGGUUGGGAAGGUUAUUGCCUUUAAGGAGGGGAAGAUUCUGCGCUUUGAUCCUGCGACGCAACAGAUUGAAAUGGAAAUAAUUUCCCAGCAAACAAGGAGGAAGCCUGGCAAGUUUGAUAUUGUCUAUCAGACAGAGGAUGGGGAGGAGACUGUAGAAUACGCGGUGCCGCAGGAAAGCACGGUGAUGUUGAACUGGAACACACUGAUAGAGCCCAGGCUGCUGAUGGAGAGCGAAUCCCAAGCGCAGAGCUGACUCCACCCCUACACUUGCAUAAGUGGCACCCCUGGGAUUAUCAUGGCCACCACCUUUCCUAAACAGACAGACCUGCUGGGGCACAAGGCUGCUCUUCCCAAGAUGCACUUGUUUAGUACUCUGUUUGCAGCGGCUGUGUUGCUUGGAGCUGACCAGUCUGGAUUCCACUAGUCAUUCUGGGGUUCUGGUUCCCAGCACAGGGCAGGGGGGACCCAGGAGGAUUGGCGCUGUGCACCCAGCUGGUUGGUUGGCUCUGACUGGCACUGCCCAACUGAGCCCAAUACCUCUACAGAAUGUUUUAGAUUUUAUAAUAAAAUGGUUCUCAAAUGGU